AUGCCGGUAUGAACCCAAGCCUAAUCGCCACGGCCACACACCGCUCCUCCCCGCUCCGCGCGGCGAUGCGGAGCAGCAGCCAUGGAGGUGAGCUCCAGUCGCUUCGCUAGGGCGCUCCCCAACCUCCUCGACCCCGUCUCCAGGCCCCUCAAGCCCCCGCACCACCACCGCCGCCGCCGCGCCGUCCAUACCCUAGCCUCCUCGCCUGGCCCUACCGCCGAUGCCCUCGCACCGUCGCCCUCCUCGGCCUGGCCGCCGCCGUCACUCUCCCGGCUCCUUGCCGCGGCGCUGAGGGGCGGCCGCGCGGGAGGGGAGCUCCCCGACCUCGUGGCGGCGGCAACGGGCGGCGCGGGGAUAGGGACGCUGCUGAUGAGCACGACGGCGGCGGCAGUGACCAAGGCGCGGGAGAGCCCGUACCUGCUGGCGCUGGCGGCGAACCCGACGUUCGUGUCGGGGCUGGUGGCGUGGGCGGUGGCGCAGGCCGCCAAGGCCCUGCUCACCUCCGUCGUGGAGCGCCGGUGGGACCUGCGGAUGCUGUUCAGCUCCGGCGGGAUGCCGUCCUCGCACACCGCACUCUGCACCGCGCUCACCGCCUCCGUCGCGCUCUGCCACGGUGUCAGCGACGCGCUCUUCCCCGUUUGUCUCGGGUUUACUCUAAUAGUUAUGUACGACGCCACGGGCGUCAGGCGCCACGCCGGAAUGCAGGCCGAGGUACUCAAUAAGAUCGUUGAGGACCUGUUUGAAGGCCAUCCAAUUAGCGAAAGAAAACUUAAGGAGUUGUUAGGACACACUCCAUCACAGGUCUUUGCCGGAGCAAUUUUAGGCAUCUUGGUGGCCUGGUAUUGCUGCCAGGGUUGUAUUGUACCCAUUUGAUGUUGCUGUUGUAUGACUUGAUCAGAAAUGAAAUUAUUCUCACGGAGAUUUUGCACGUAGUGUAACGGUGUAACCAUUGUUCUGGAAAAUAGCUGUCUUACCCAGUUUGAUAUUGUCAAGAAGGUGACUACUGUCAUCCAUCUUGGGCAUGUCCCUGUAUAUAUGUAACUCAAUUGUACGGAAUAAUCGAUAUUUGGAUCCUAUCCAGCCUCAAUACAGAGUUGAGACUGAAGGUAUUUGCUAA